AUGAAUGCAGUUCCGAUCAUGAAGGUUUUCUCCGACAAAAGUACGCUGUUGUGUGCCAGGAAGUCGGAAGAAGAAGGACGCAGAGAAGGCUUCCAACAACAUUAUUCAAAAAGCGGCGGUGAUGAGUCAGUCCCCGUGGAGGAACUAAAUCUUAAAUAUGUGCUAGUGACGGAGGGGGGGCUUCAGGGUCAACAGAAUACAUUACUGAGGGUCACCCUAUCCCAUCUUCGGCAAUAA